AACACACACUAAGCCUUUGCAAAACAUUGUUACUGGAAUCAAGCUUCAUAUCCGUAUAUAGAUAGAUAGCAAUUAGUUGCACACAAUCUCAUUGUGAACGUCACUUACGCUAUACGUUUGGUUUUCGGUUCUUAUAUAUAAUUCAUUGAUAUUAUGUAUUAUGUUAACCUCGUUGAGAAAUCUCAAAAAAUGACGCACUUAAUUGUAAAAGUUUCCUCAGAUUUAUAUUGGAAUCAGUACAGACUAGCUAGGGUUUCUUGUUAUUAAUGUGAUAAAGCUUAUUUAUCUCUCCCAUUGGUAUGGAGUUACAGUCAGGUGCUAAAGUUCCUUUGCCAUUAGAACCUAUUAAAUCAAAUCAGGUAGAAGAUAGAAGACUAUGGGUGGGCAACUUAGAUCUUAGGAUUAAUGAGUACCAACUCCUGAAACUCGUCCAAAAACAUGGAACAAUUGAAAAGUUCGACCUGCUAUUUCACCGGUCAGGUCCACAAGCUGGUCAACCAAGAGGUUAUGCAUUUGUUACUUACAAAAAGAUAGAAGAUGCAGAAGCAGCUAAAGACGCUUUGCAUAAUUUAAAAGUAGGUGCUAAAAAUAUAGUAGUAAGGUGGGCUCAUAGUGUCACAGAGCCUGACAUAGAAAAACCAAAGCCAAAAAUAGAUAUACCUGCUUUAGCAGGCGCAAAGAAAGAAGAUAAAAAAAUAAGUCGUGAGACAGCUAUACAAGCAAUAGAAGCAAAGCUAAAAUUAAUGAAAGAAUCGGAAGAAGAAUUUGAAUUAAACAAACCUUUGGAUGGAUCUCCUAUCAUACAUUUAUAUCAGAGAACAGAAAACCAAAAACCGUCCACAUCUACGCGCCAUCAUAAUCGCGGAAACCAUCAUCACAAUAAUAAGCCAUAUAAUCGUUAUAAGCCGAGAAGAUAACUCAAACUGUCUAUAUACAUUUUUCAUAAAUGACACAUUUUGAAUGAUCAUAUGGAGAAAAAUACAGUAUGGAAUUCUUUUCAUUUUAUUAUCGUCAUCUAUAUUUAUAUCAUUUCUAUUUAUAAAAGCAUAGAAAAAGCAUAAAAUUACUGAUUUUUCUCUUGUGUGUGCAUGUGUGUGUGCGUGUAAAUGAUUCCUAUACGGUGCAGGCAAAUGUAAAGCACCACAAAUGUAACUAUUUUAAUUCAUUGAUAAUGCUAUGCUUAAUAUGUAUGUACAUGACGUACUUGUAUUUUCAUAAUAUAUUGUA